GGAAGUGGCGCAGGCCGAUCUAGGCUUCAAGCGUGGCGCGACUCGCUGCUCCGUCUUCCUGGGCGUGACGCAAAAAGGGACGGAAGCCGAGGAGGGUGGCGGAAAGGCUGGACGAGGGAGGCGGAAGAAGAACGUGGGGGAAGCGCCGGUGGAGGCGCAGCCGGGAUGGAAACGACAGACCGAGUCGACGCGUCGUAUACCAACAGCGUUCAAGUCUUGGAUAUGCCGAAGAAGAAGAAAAAGAAGAAAAAGAAAAGGAAAUUGGAGGCCCUUGAGAGAGAAACGGGCCAGCCGCCUGAGGAUGCCCCCCCUCUUCAUUCGCCCGUUUCUUCCGAUCCUCCCCCCUUAGUUUCUUGGCAAAUAGAUUCAGAGGAAAACCCGGUCCCUCGUAAGAAAUCUAAGAAGAAGACAGCCGAUAAAGAGAUCUCUGACUCCCAGGAUGACAGUCCUUGGAUUGCACUGGAGAAAGAGCUAAAUAGCGAGGUUAGAGUCGAUCUUGGGCACAAGAAGAAAAAGAAGAGGAAACGUCGGUCAAGCGAACAGGACGGCGUCCGUGAAAUCUGUGUCCCCGAGAAUCCAGAAGUAGCCACCCAUUUCCCUGAAGCGACUGAUGUGGAAGUUGCCGAGCAAGGAUAUGAGAGCCUUCCCUUAAAGAAAAAGAAGAAGAAAAAGAAGAAGAAGAAAGCAAAAGAAUUGUUAGCAGAGGAGGCAGAACGCAGCGAAAUCUCGAGCCUGAUGACAAACGGGAAGGCUGAUUCUGCAGGGGCGCAAAACCCUAAUCAGACUGACCACAGCGAUGCUGAAGGCAGCAUGGAGCUUUUCUCAUCCCCUCUGCUACUCCCCGAAACACAGCAGGACCCUCUUUUUGAGGAAGAGGAGAGUGGGGCGCCAGGAUCGGACCCUCCCGAUGUGGCCAACAGCUCCGUGGCGCCAAAGAAGGCGCGUAAGCGGAAAAAGAACCGGCGCAAACCACCCCGUGCCAAGGGUUCGCGCGCUAACGAAGACGACCUUGCCGCAGAGGAGAAUAACGCUCGGGAUGCGUUGAGUCCGACGUUGUGUGAGGAAAACCAUGGGUACAUUCUUGAUCCUGGAAAGGCAGGCUUGGGGAGUGGGGAAUAUAGAAUUUAUUUUUUAAUCUUUGACAUGGCAUGAUUCAGUUGUUUAAAGCAAUUCUUUUACAGUGGGACCCCCUUAUACACGGGAUCAGUUUCCACUUAUUUGAUUAUUCACGGUCUGAAAAUAUUAAAAUAUUAAAAGAAAUAUCAUAGAUAUAUCAUAGAAAUAAAUACAGUGAUACCUCGACUUAUAAACGUCUCCACUUACAAAUAUUUCGAGUUACGAAUGGCUCUGUUUGCUAAAUGCUGUACUGGGGGUCCCACCUGCACUGUGAUAACCAUGUUCAGUGGUGCCUUGCUUGACGAGGAUAAUCCGUUC